AUGGCUACUAACAUAGCUAAUUCUGCACUUACUAAACAUUCCAUGAGUAAGCCGGUUCCAGCAGAACUUAUCGAUUUCACCACGACGUCUAUGGACUCAUUCCUCCCUAUGAGCCGACCGCAACGUCAAAAAUCUCAACAACUUCCAGACUUACUAGAUUUCAUAAAGAAAAUUAUUCAUGAUUUAAAUUUACCAGUUUUAAUCGUUGUUGUUUGCUUGAUUUAUAUUCACCGACUUAAAAAACAAUUGCCUAAAAAUUUUGAAACUGAAUAUGGAACCGCUCAUAGAGUCUUCAUUAGUUCUAUUCUAGUGGCUAGUAAAUAU